AUGUCUCGUCGAGGGGGUGGCAGGCCGAUGCCUCGCGAGGUGGUACUCUCCAAAGCACUUUCACAUUUGCUCCGACACUCUGCAGAAAGGGAGAAUCUAAAGAUCAGCAAGGAGGGAUAUGUGAAUGUGGCAGAUCUACUCGAAACGAGAAAGGUGAAAUCUCUAAAUGCGACAUUACCAGAAAUUAUACAAGCAGUCUCUAGCUCGGAUAAACAGCGAUUUUCACUCUUCUACAUUUCUCCAGAAACCAUUGAAGCCGGAAAACAGGAGAGCCAAGAGCAGCAAGAGGCGGUAGUGGCCACUGCUGCCUCGGAAGAAAAACAGAAAAAUGCGACAGCGCAUGCAUUGUCUGUCAGUGAUAAUGAUCCCUCACAUUUUCUUAUUCGAGCAACACAAGGCCAUAGUAUGAAGGUUGUCGACACGGCGCUAUUCCUGGAGAGAUUGAGCCUGGAAGAUGAUGCCACAACGAAGCUUCCGCAUACAGUUGUACAUGGUACUUACCAUGGCGCAUGGCCUUUGAUCCUCGCGUCCGGGGGUCUACGACCUAUGAGCAGACUACAGGUGCACUUUGCAACUGGUCCAACACUUGAUGCGGUAUUCCCAAAUGGUCGAGAUGCGCCGCUAGCAACAUUAGACCCUAGAUCGAAAGCAACUGUGAUUUCAGGAAUGCGGUCAGAUGCGGAGAUCUUGAUCUAUAUCAACCUUCGCAGGGCAUUGGAAGCUGGUUGUCCGUUCUAUCGAAGUGAAAAUGGCGUUAUUCUCAGUGAAGGGAUGAGCCUUGGUGAUGACGGCGAGACAAAGACCGUUCCUAUUGAAUUCUUUGAUCUUGUUGUUGAAAGGAGAGCUGGUCUGGGUGUUCUGUGGGAAGAUGGACGCGUCGUCCAAGAACUACCGUCACAUUUGGCAGAGAAGAAGAAUCCGAAAGCACUGAGAGGAGGGGAUUCUACUAUCACUUUGAAAUACCGUUAUAGCAAGAGGAGAGAAAUAGAAGAUAAUAUCAAAAUGACUGGUCAUCAAUAUGAUCCCACAUUUACCGACCGCGUUAUCGACGCCAUGGGUCCCAAGACAAACCCACGUCUACGCCAGUUGAUGAGCGGCUUCAUUCGACACAUUCACGAUUUUGCGCGAGAGAAUGAAUUGACGGUCGAUGAGUGGAUGCAAGGUGUACAAAUGAUCAACUGGGCAGGACAAAUGAGUGAUGCCAAACGUAAUGAGGGACAACUUUUGUGUGAUGUUAUCGGACUUGAAUCGUUAGUAGAUGAAAUCACCUACAAAGUAGCAUCCGAAGCAGAUGCGCCAACUGCAACAGCCAUCCUCGGCCCCUUUUUCCGGGCAGACACAAUGGUCCGACAAAACGGCGACAGUAUCGUCGUUACCGGAGUCGACGACGGAGAAAUGGUCUUUAUGCAGGGUCAAGUAGUGGAUUACAAGACCAAGAAACCUAUCCCGGGCACCACUGUGGAGGUGUGGCAGGCAUCUACCAAUGGAUUAUAUGAACAGCAAGAUUCGAAUCAAGUUGAGCAUAACCUGCGAGGGAAGUUUACGACUGAUGAGAAUGGGAGGUAUUGGUUUUAUUGUCUGAGGCCGACACCGUAUCCUGUUCCUGACGAUGGCCCGGCAGGAAAAUUGCUACAGCUCAUGGACAGACACCCUUAUCGUCCCGCACACAUCCAUAUCUUCGCCACACACGACGGAUACAAGCCCCUCGUCACGCAAAUAUUCGACAGAAAAGACCCGUACCUAACCAACGACUCUGUUUUUGCAGUGAAGGAUUCCUUGAUCGUGGAUUUUGUUCCUCGGAAAGGUGAUCCCAAAGCCUCUACUGAAUUAACCUAUGAUGUGAAGCUAGUUGCCAGAGAUUCUUGA